CCGCGCUAGGGAGCCCAACGGUGCCGGGAGGCCAAUCAGAGCCGCCCAAUGCUGGCUGGCCCCCGAUUGUUAGCCGCCCUCCUUCCAGUAAUUAGUACGGAGUACAGAUUCUUCAAUGGCUUUUUUUAUUCUCGCCGCCAUCCUGAUGCAACCAUCGUUCUCUUGCGCUUGUACUCCAUACACAACUAAUUACUUCGGAGUAUUAUACUAAUAUUGAAUGGCCAGCUGCGUCGCGUCUCCUGGCUUCACGAAAGUUUAUGCUGGAGGAAACAGCAGAAGUGGUGUUGUGCUGUUCACCCACGUUUCUCGAUAUGAGAAACAGCGCAGAAAGAUCCCCGGCGCAAUGUAGCCGACAAACAAUGUAACUACCGCCUUACGUGGGAUCACUUGAAAUUCAGCCACCGUUACUCUUCCACGCCGUCUCAUUGGCCAACGCCCCCCGCUGAUGAUUGAGUAACUCACCUGGGCAAUAUUCGCACACCCGCAUGGAGGGAUUGGCUGCUUGGACGAACGUGAAUGGCGGAGAGGCUCAGGGUUGCCCAUGCGGCUCUGAUUUGAGAAAACCUAAAUUUGGCUAAAUAAAUAAUUCCCAGCCUCCCAGGACCUCUCAGCCUUGUGUCGAAUAUAUUAGUCAACCACCCGUUGGUUGCGAAACAGCUCUCCACAAGGCGCCGUCAACUGAAAGAAACCUUCACCCGAUUGUGCGCCAGGCUUGCUGUGACUGUUCCCCCCCCAAAAAGUCAUCUUUAAUCUGGUGUUUAUGUCAUUUCUUGAAGCUCCAUCCUCUUUCAAAUCCCGAAAUCUACGGCGUGUCGCAACAUAGCCUCCACAGACAAGCCUAGGGCUUCUCUCGCAAACUCAUCAUGACCCCUCACCUUGGAUUGCGCAUCUCAGAAACAACGACCAGUAUCUUUCGCUCAACUCGCCACAUUUGUGGUGUGAGCGCUCUGGUUGAUGGCGGCCCAGCAUUCAAAGAAAACGGGCGCCGGAUCCAACCCUUGGGGCGAAAUGCAUCUCGAUGGGAAGCGAUCCCCUGAAGAGCAUUUUGAACAAAAGAUGGAGGCUCACGAGCUAACCCAACUGCGGAUUUCACAUCCCUGGCAGUUUGAUGGUGAUGUUGAUUUGUGGGAGGCUACCUUUGGCCAGGAAGAAACCCAUCGCAGCGAAGAGUUGGAGAAUUUCGUGCCCACGCCCAUUCCCACCCCCCCGGGGUCACCCACAACGUCAUCCACACCCACACCCACACCCAUGCCCAUGCCAGCGCCCGCGACUGCAGCGACUGAUGAUGACACUCUGCUACUCUCGAACCGGUUGGCGUCUCCAAAAAAAUUCUCGAAACGACCGGCUAGCCCUAUUGUGUCUCGUUAUGGGAACGACACAUCUCUCUGGACCCCUUUUUGGCUUAGAAAACCGACGCUGUUUGGUUUCAUCAUUCUGUUCGCCGUGCUUUGGAUUGCGCUUCUCGUCCUGUGGCUCUUCGUGGUGCGUGAUAAUGGGCUGGAAAUUGUCCCAACUUCUAACCGCUAUGUUUGGAGAUUUUCCCCUGUUGCGGUUAUGAUUAUUGUGGUUGGUCUUUGGCGCCAAGUGGACUGUCACUGCAAGGCGGCAUACCCCUGGCAUGAGAUGCGUAAGGGCCUGGCAAGCGCAGGGAAAAGUAUGGUCCUCGAUUAUGUGUCAGAUUUUCAAGUGAACUCAUUCUUGAAAGCGAUAAAAUCAGGUCAUCAUUCCAUUGCCGCUUCUGCCCUUGGAUUUGUCCUGCUAAAGGUGGCUCUGGUUUUUUCUACCGGGCUUUUCGUAUCGGCACCGACUACUCUGAUAGACCCAUCUUAUCCGCUCUCUAUGACGACAAACCUCGACGGAGAAGAUUGGGCCGCAAAGGCACUUGCGAGUGAGCAAGAAUUCUUACGCUCUGCCACGGCAAAUUCAAUUUAUGCUUUUUUUGGUGUAUCAGAAGGUGGAGUGCCUGAUCCCACUGGGUCAAAGGAUGGCCUUGUUUUUCAGACAUUUGAUUUGCACAAAAAUCAUCCAGCAACGAGGCGUGUGACAAGCAUGUCUACUGAUGUCGACGUCCUAGUUCCCCUCCCAAGCUGUGAGCUGAGUGAAACCAUAGUUCAGCCGACGGCUGCACUCAAUGAGUUUUCGAACGUGACUACUGGCGGCAUCAUUCACCUGGGUAUAGAGUCGGCCACUUGCCACCUCGGGUUCAACAAUUAUACAAAAGUCUAUGUGCGUAUGAAGAAUCCAAGAACAGAACUAUGCGAGCCACGUGAACUGGUUGCCGAGAUGCAACAGGUCAAUUGCACCAAGACAGGCGGACAGCGUCCACCAUCUGUGCCGUUUGAUAACGAAAAUGGUGAUUUUCGUUGGCUAUUCACCAUUUCGGACAUCCAUUACUCUCAAACUUUUGCACCGAGCUCUACUCCGGCUCUGAAUGUCACAAAUUGGUCUAGGGAUGUGAAGCGGGUAACUACUAUUUUGUGCAAACCACAAUAUACUAUCGUGAGAGGGAACAUGACUUAUAGGAAUUAUGAUUCAGGGGCACCUCCUCACAUUGAACUUCAAAGCCCCGAGGAACGUCUGAGUAUAACAAAUUUAGAGAGAGUAACAAGUUCUGCGCUGAACGGGGCAAUUUUACAAUCUCUAAGAGCAGGGGCUCAUGUUUUCCGUCCUGUCAAUCCCGCGCCUGAGACAGCGUCUUCAAAUGAAGGUGUUAAUACACUAUUUCAGUUAAUGAUCAAAACCUCGAAGGGGGAACUGACGUUGGAGAAAUUUCUUGACGGCGAAACCAUGAACAAAGCAUUCCAAAGAGUUUACACUGGGAUUGCCACCCAAUUUGCACAACAAAAUCUAGUCAUCCCAACAUCUAAGGACAGUACAGGAAGAGUUGUCUAUAUUGAGGACCGCCUGCACUUUGGGAUUAUUUCACUGUGGAUAAUGGUGGCAAGUUUCGCCAGUUUGUCGGUCUUGACAGCCAUUAUACUGUUCACGGGGCCAGCUGCAAUUACCCCGCGAGACCCGGGCUCUAUUGCAGCACAAGCCACGAUUCUUAUCGGAAGCAAUGAUCUUCAACCACUUCUCCAGGAUGCAGGUCACCUUUCAGAUCGUGGGAUCAGAGACAAGCUUCGAAAUUAUACAUUCAGAACGUCAACUUACCGAUCGUUCAGGAUCACCGCUCGUUACCGCUUGCGUGAAAGCAUCACUUCUGUUGACGAACACGCUGUCGAAAGGAGCGGAUUUUGGAAGCCGCUGGCGGCGAGGAAGCCUAUGUUCGUCCUCACGUAUGGGAUGCCGAUGCUCGCCAUUGCGGCGCUUGAGAUCAUGCAACAGUCAUCAAAUCGUAAUCAAGGAUUGAUGACCGUGCGUACGGAAGCAUGGAAAUACCUUCCACAGUACCUUUGUGCUCUUUUGGCUGUCGGCAUUGCAACUUUAUAUAAUAACCUGGACUUUACUAUUGCUAUGUUCACACCGUUUGAAGCUCUUCGCAAAGGCAACGUGACAGCUAGGCGGAGCAUCCUAACACAUUUGCUUGGGAAAAUUCCCCCGGUUGCUCUUUGGGAAGCAGUUCGAGGACACCAUCUCGGUGCUAUUUCCUCAAUCAAUGCGGCUUUUGUCGCAAGCUUCUUAGUUAUGAUUGUUUCCGGCUUGUGGAAUAUAGACACAUCAGUCAUCCAGUCGCAGCGUGCGGUUGCGUCCAGAGCGGACACUUGGGAUAUGACAAUGCAAAACUACAGCUCCAAUGCUUGGAAUGCCGGUUUAGUCUUUCGGCUCCUUCAGUAUCACAACCUGACCACCCCGCCGUGGACGUGGAAUGAACUUGUAUUGCCAAAAAUACACGUUUACCCACCGAAUACUCGCUCUGAGAUCCUGGAUCGGGACAAAGACGCGUCCCAGAAUCCGAUUACUUAUAUAUUCACUCUUCCAUCACUAAGGCCGUCGCUGAAUUGCGAACUUCUCACCGCAGACGAUAUCUCCCUGAAAAGUUAUCAUGGAAACGGUUCGGACCCAAAGAGCAACCGAAUAAUUACCACCACAAGCGUGCGCCCAAAGCUGCCGCCUAGAUGUCUUGCUAGUCUCCCUGAAAAUGUAACUUCAAUCGAGUUUAAUCUUACAAAUCCGGAAGUCAACGACCCUUCAGCAGACGGAGGCUACAUUGGUUCUCUAUUCGACCUGUAUCUCCUACCGCAAGACCCUGCUCAUCAUGUACAUCUAUGGGAACGGCCAGAUAAUCCCUCUGGUUGCCCAUCCAUCGGCAUCGUAUUUGGCUAUAUGCGCGCCAACCACACGUCACCAGCCAAUCUAACGGUUGCCAUCUGCAACCAGGAAAUCCAAGAAAUCCCCACCGAGGUUACCUUCGCUCGAGAUCCAAGUUCAGGGUUUAUUGACGCGGCACAUCCGCCCAAAUAUAAUGACACGGGACCACUAAAGUUACUGACUAACGGCACGGAUGGGUUUUCUUCAUUUUCCUUCCGCGUGCAGGAGCUUCUGGAUACUCGCAGUAGAAGUACGUUGAAGGGCGGGAAGCCCUCCACCCCAGAGACAUACGACAGCAUCUUCAAUGAUAUCAUAUACGGAUCACAUGGUCGCGUCUCUCCUGAGUCAUUAAUGGGCGCGGCAAACGCGAAUAAGCUCUUCGACCUCGUUAAUAACUACUACAGAAACUACAUGGCGCAGGUGAUCAACCUUACCUUGCGCAAACCCAUCAGCAGAAGUAGUACCCUUGAAACAAAACCACGGCGGCAAUCUAUUGACGACGACGACGAUGACGAUGACGAUGUAGAUGAUGGUUCCGCUCUCACCCCUCCACAAAACUUUACAGGCACGCUCCACAGCACAACACCACGUCUAAAACUCAAUCCGGGCCCCAAACUCGCUCUCCAGCUCAUGCUGGCCAUAAUGAUCGUCCUAGGAUCUCUAGCCGUGCUCAGGAUGCGGCUCCGCGAAACCCUCCCUCAUAACCCGUGUUCUAUCGCUGGGACGAUGAGUCUGUUGGCUGGCAGUGAGCUGUGUGAGAGUGGUGGUGGCGGUGGCGGUGGCGGUGGCGGUGGUAGAUUAUUGCCGGCUGGGGCUGAGAGGAUGGGGGAUACUCAGUUGGGGAGUAUGCUUGAGAGGCAGGGGCUGUUGUUUGGGUUGGGGUGGUGGAAGUGGAAGUGGACGGAUGAAAGGGGGGAGCAUGUUAGUGAGAGGUUUGGGAUUGAUGUUGGGAGGGCGGGAUGA